AUGGAGGGGAGGGACCCACCUGUUAAUGCCAUAACAAAGAAGCCUCCUUUAUCGAAGGGUGAUAAGAAUGGCGGGCGGGAUGAUUGGGGGAACGAUGAGUCUUUUAGAUCGAACGAUAAGAGGAGGAACCAGUCCGAGAGUGAUUUUAGACAGGAACCAUGGAGUUCACUUCAAAGUUAUGUCACGUGUUUCAUUGGCUCAGUUUCCGACAAUGUGAAAGAAGGUGGGUUAGAUAACACGGUGAGUGAGACCGUUAACGUUGUUGCGAGUAAGACAACGGAGAUAGGACAGAGGACAUGGGGAAUCAUGAAAGGAGUGAUGGCGAUUGCUUCACAGAAGGUUGAAGAGUUUACUAAAGAAGAAGCAUCAAACUGGAAUCAACAGAACAAGAGCGGUUUCUACGAUGACAAAGCAGCAACCAAUUCAUCAUCAAGUUACCAAAGCAAUUACCGUAACUCGAGUUCUUGUGAUGACUGGGGAGAAGAGAGCAAUUCCAAAAAGGAAGCAGCACCAAAAGUGUCACAAAGUGUUCACCACAACGGUUAUGGUAACUCAAACUCCUGGGAUGACUGGGGAGAAGAGAAGAAUAGUACUACCAAGAAGGAAGCGGCACCAAAGGUGUCAGCUUCUAAGGAUGAUGACGCUGGUUGGGCUGGUUGGGAUGAUAAAGAAGAUGAUGGCUAUUAUCAGAGUGCUGCAGGGGAUAAGAAAUCUGUAGGCCAUAAUGGGAAACCACCGGAGCCGGCUUAA